UCUAUUCCAGGUCGGUGCUGUAGAUGUGAUACUCACUUCUCCUCCUUCUUCUGUGUGCGAUUGCGAGAGAGUUACUCACUUCUUCUCCUUCAAUAGCCGAACCCAAACACAAUCUCCACUCAAGCAUCUCAUCUCCUUCGAUUUUUUCUUGAUUGAAGCCCCUCUGCGACGACGUCCAUGUUCUUCUUCGAUUUUCAUCUCUGCGACGACAAUGUCGCACGAUGGUAGGGGACGCCGUUGUUGAACCUUGUCUUGGACGACCACCAAUUUCAGCGGCCGCGAAGGCUGACGUGGUGGAGAGGGUUCAAGGUAUUAUGCUAGCUGGAUUCAUUCUCUUGCUGAAAUGCAGUCUUUCUAGGCUAUAAUAAGCUGUGGUUAGUCAUAGAUGGCACUCUCAGCUUCACGAGCAAUGUCAAAGGGUGUGGUGGUAUCGGUGCCUGUUUUGGUUCUAUCUGCAUUAGUGGCUACGGUUUUCCUGUUCUUCCUUUUGUCCUCUCUUUCAUCCUGCUCCUGCCCUACUACAAACAUGUCUUCUUCCAUGGCUAGGAGUGUUGGUAUUGGUGUUUCCGAGUCUAGCAAUGGUGAUGUUCCAUCAUUGCCAAUGAAGGAGUCUGGCAACAGUAUUGCUCCCUUGUCAACAAGGAAGGAGGAUGUUGAGUGGGUGAAGUAUCAAAUCCAUGUAAAUGGGCUUCAUAUGCAUGACAAUGUGCUUCGCAAGGGUAUUAACCCUCGCACCAGGGCUCAACAACUUGAGGAUUUGAGACAAUUUAAGGGCAUAUCUCACUAUGAGAAACCUGACUCAGAUAAUCACACUGCCUUCCCAUGCCCUGGGGAACUGCUAGUGGAAGAGCACCAUAGCAACUAUGGCGAACCUUGGGCAGGGGGAAGAGAUGUGUUUGAGUUCCUUGCACAAGCCACUCAACUCAGACCAGACUCAUCGGUGCUAGAGAUAGGCUGUGGCACUCUUCGAGUUGGUUUGCAUUUCAUUCGAUACCUAAAUCCUGAACACUUCCAUUGUCUUGAAAGAGACGAGUUGUCUCUGAUGGCAGCAUUUAGGUAUGAGCUUCCUGCCCAGGGCCUUCUACACAAACGACCUUUGAUAGUUAAGGGGGAAGACAUGGAUUUCAGCAAAUUUGGUUCUGGCACAUUUUAUGAUUUGAUUUAUGCUAGUGCUGUAUUCCUUCAUAUGCCUGAUAAACUUGUGUGGACUGGAAUGGAAAGAUUAGCAUCUAAAUUGAAGCCAUAUGAUGGAAGAAUCUUUGUAUCACAUAAUAUAAAGUUUUGCUCACGGUUGGGAGGAGAAGAAUGCACGAAGAGGCUUGCAAGUUUGGGGCUCGAGUAUCUUGGGAAGCAAACUCAUGAUAGUUUGUUAUUCAACCAUUAUGAGAUAUGGUUUGAGUUUAGACGGUCAAAGGCAUAAUGUGUGGUUGGUAUAUUUGUAUUAUUCUUUUGGGGUCCAUUUGUAGAAGGGCACCUUGAAGUUUACAUUUUUCACAUUGUUUCUAUAUAGAUUCUGAUAUGAUUGUUGUAUUUAGCAAUCUUGUACUGAUUGUUGUUUUGACAAUAAUUACACUAGAUGGUCUCUAUCUAACACGUGUAUGGUGUAUGAUGAUAUUGAAUACUUGUACUUUUAGGAUUGUGUUGUAACAAGAGUGUUCUUCAAAAGGAGUGCUUUUUUGCUUUUGAGAAAA